AUGCCAUCGAUUGAUAGCAUUCCGGUGUCCAUCCCAGAGAUGGACACCUUGGACGAAGUGAGAGAGGCUGCCGUGACAGCACUACUUGAGACUAUCCGCAACCACUACGGCGGCACCUACCCGCCUCAGUUUAUGAAGUGUCAAAAUGAUGCAGAUAGACGCAUCCUGGCGUAUAAAUAUCUUAGGGCUUGCGAUUGGAGAUCUAAGGAUGCAAUGUGUAUGGUCACAACAACCAUGAAAUUUAGGGAGCAAAACAAUGCCGAUUCUUUGACCUUAUUUCCUUGUGUCUUUUCUAUCCGAGGCUUUGAUCAAGAGGACUUGUGCCACACCCUAAACGAGCCCUACACUGGACCGGAUAAGCAAUUCGAACUUUUUUCUCUCGUUGCAGCCCCCUACUACUCGGCAGGCUACCAUUACUGGGACAAGGAGGGUCACCCCAUCUUGUACGACUUUUCCGGUCGCUGCAACGUCAAGGAACUCUUGAAAGCGUAUGCGUCAAUAACCCCGGUGGGAAAGCAGGAAAAAGACAUCAUUUUGCAGUAUCAUCUUUACACAAAUCUCAUACAGGAACGCCUGGUGAGAUACGCAGAUGUGAAGAGCGUAGAGAGAGGGUGUCGCCGUGUUAUUGGUGUAACUGUGAUUAUGGACACGGAGGGGCUUCAUUUGAAGAUGUUUGGCUCGCGUAUUGUGGAUAUCGUGCGCGCCAUUUUCAAUAUGGAUCAAGCAUACUUCCCUGAGACCUUACAUCGCCUUUUAGUGAUUAACUGCCCUAGUGUUGUCAUGCAUGCCUUUGGACUGCUUCGAGGCUCGCUUCAUAGGAACACCCAACGGAAGUUCGUCUUUUGUAGCAAGGCAAACUCUGUGGCUGUACUGAAGAAAAUUAUUGAUGAGGAUAAAAUACCAAAGUUUCUGGGUGGUUCCUGUGAAUGUGCGGGCGGUUGCGUGCCAGGUAUAGAUUCGGUGUCCAAGGGGCUUGCCGAUGUUUCUGCGUUCAUCCCUCGUACGGAGGACAUAACCAUCUUGGCUGGGAAGCGGUAUACGAGUGAGCUUAUGCUUCAGCCUGGGGAAGAGGUUCAAUGGGAGUUCAAGUGCACGAAAUCUAAGGGAGGACACGUGACGGAUAUUUAUUUUCAUGCGUCCUUUAUGCCAGACGAUGAGUUGGAGGUCUCGUCGUGCUCUCUGUCCGACCCGUCGGUGGACCCACGUAGGUCUCCAAAGACUUUUCAAAGGACGUCGGAACGGUCUAAGGUUUUGAGGGUGCUGAGGUCGGAAAGGGUGGAAAUGGAUAAUGGCCGAUUUGUUUCCAGCGAGCGUGGGAUGUUGAAACUGGUGUGGGAUAAUCACACAUCGUGGGUGCACGGCAAGCAUGUGCAACUGCGCAUUUCCAGGAGCUGGGGCUGA